AUGGAAAUAGUGGACACAAUACAAAACCUCAAUGAAUAUUGGGGACCACCGGCACAGAAUUGGUUUGAUUACUUUGUAGAUGCCUCGAAACUCUCAGAAUUGCUUGCCAAACCAGGCAAUCAAGAAACUGUCGGACGAUUAGCCAUACAGUUCGCUGAACAAGCUGCUUCUACACAGAAGGAGGGUGAAAUGAUGAUGGCCAAAGGUUUUUCGAAUGAAGAUGUACAGUUUGCUGAAAGAAAAGCAGCCUGUCUCAUAUUGUGCGCCAUGGCGUGUUUCGCCUACAUUGAAUGGGAUAUAGAAUUUCUUAUUGAUAAAUAUAACGAGAUUUUAUCUGUUCGGAUAUUGAUAGAGAAUCUAUUGGGGUUAUGUCGGAGCAGUGAAACGCCUUCGGACGCUCAGUUCGCUGAGUAUCUUUUCGCCAAGUGGGCUAUGGCAGUAGAUCGUCGCUAUCGUUUACCACCUCCUCCGGCAAAGCAAACCGUAAAUAAUCCAUUGCUAGUUCCCGACCUGCAAUUGACGAAACAUGAGAAUAUUCGGAAAAUGGUGGUAGAUACGCGGACGUGGUUUCCGCAAGUCAUUUCCUCAUUGGAGAAGUUCAUUGCGGAAGGCAAAGAUCUGAGUGUGCCUGGAGUAAACUGCUUUCUUACGCCAUUUUUGGAGAAAGGAGGCAUGUCUCUUGGAGUUGGUAUCGCUGGCAUGAACUUAUUAUGUAUGUGGGCACCACGCCCGGUCUUUACCUUGUCUACAGUUACUUUACCAGGAGCUGAAAUUGUUAGCGCAUGUCGAUUUGAACUGCUCCGUUUUCAUUUCGCUAAUGGAGCAAUGGAUACAGCUUUAGAUCUGCUCAAACAGAUUACACUGCCCACAAGUACAUCACCCCUCGUACUGAUCGACAAGAAAGAGCUAAAUGGUUACUAUCUGGCUCUCAACGUACCCUCGCCGAUGCCUCCUGUACCGAUCGGUGCAAAGGAGUUUAUACCGGACCAGAAGCUUCUUACUGACGACACAUCUAAAUUCCGCCGCUUGCGAGUGUGGAGACAGCGUGCCGUUACGAGAACAAGUGGUCAGCUGCAAGUAGCAUUCCGUUCUGAAAAUGUAGCUAAGGAUGUGUUGGAAGGUCGUGCUUCCUCAGUACGACAGCGUUUGCUGGAAAAGAUUAUACAGCAACGGUUCAUCAAGUCACUGCAGCGGCAGAUAUCCAACGUUCGAGAUGUUGUGGUUCGACGACGGAUAGAUGCUCUUCUGAUCUUCCUCUGUGCUACCGUAGCCGGAAUGCGAGAAGAACUGCUGCGAUGUGGCUGGGACACACCAUCCAGAUUGCGUUCGCUUGCUUCGCAAGCACCGAAGACGGUUACGCCUCCAGUGAGCGCGCAAAUCGUAAAAAUGAUCCUUGCAAGUGACAACCCAUUUUGGACUGUGGUAACAUCUUUCAAUGCUGUCGAACUGAAACAAGCCAUGACCACCAUUGAACGCCCGUUCUUGCGACCGUACAUGUUUAUCAUGCCGGAAAUGCUGGCUGAUUGUGUGCUCAUAACUCGACCAGUGAAUGAACUCCAUGCGAUAUUGCUAGCUAAGCUGAAUCAACUAGCCGAGAUGAUGAAUCGAACGGAAUGGGAUGCGGAAUGUCAAACAUAUUGGCAGGAGUUUGGAUUGCCGGCAAACUGUCAAAUAGUAAUGCUGACAGAGGCCGUUCGAGUACAAGCACAAUGUAUAUCAGCCAGAGCUCUACGUCACGAUGCUCCGGAUGCUGCGGGUGAUGAUCGUCAACUGAGAUCCAUGAAGAAGUUAUUCAAGAUGAAUGCGGAUGCAGAUCUUCUGAAGAAAGCAGGCGGAGUUGCAUUUGCAGCGCAGACUUUCGCUAGAGCUCUGAAUGCUGAGGAUUUUGAUUUUAUCACCACCGAAGUCAAAUUCCCCUCUACAACGACGACAAUGGCGCAACUUUUAGCAGCUUAUCUGAUGAGUUCAGCUCCAGGAAAAGAUGUCAGCCAGAUGCGAAAAGUCUGCGACACAUUCAACGCACAUGUUGGACCGUUGUUCGAUCAUAUCAGCAGAGGCAGUCGAAGAGAUGUCGGCCGUGGACGAGAUAGGGAAGAUCAAGCACGUGCUGCUACGAUACUUGAGCUGACUAGAUUUUUGAGGCUUAUUAGGAACGAGUCGUUGCUGUCAUUCUUGAUCACCUAUUUUGGCUACCUGUUCAACCGAUUUCUGCUAGCCAAGAAGAGACCACAUCUGCGAAUGACAUUACCGCUGGGAGAGAUAUUUGGACACGAAUCAGAGCUCAGUCAUGUGAACAUUCUUGCCGUCCAGGAACUGCUAGAUAUUUUCUUUACUAACGCUUUCCUUGUGAAUCCGGCAAAUCCAUACUGGUUGCGAUGUGCGGCUGAUUUCCGAUAUGGAAGAGGCCUAGUGGGUGAAGCUGGAAUUCUUUACAUGGAAUAUCUAGUUGCCUCCAGGACACCACUGUUGUCGGCCCCUCAUGAGAGUUUGAUGGAAGAUUUGGUUUGGCGACGUUUGCGAGUGUGCCUAUCGAAAUCGUACUGGUUUACAUUAGCUGCCUUAGUAUGUCAGAAUAUUGAACACAAGAGAGAAGAAGAAUAUAUGAAGGCUAUGGAGUUUUUGUAUUCCCAACUUUCAUUGGAUUCUGGUGCUGACUAUUCUUGCAUGGUUUUUGAUAAUACCUUAGCUGAACUCCUGUCUGAUGUAUACGAAAGAAAUCAUAUGCAACCUAGCUCAGAUUUGUUGUUUUCGUAUGCGUAUAGAAGCUGUAUGAACCCUGAAGGACGAGAUGUCCUGGCACGAGAACAGUCUAGAAGGGGUCAACGAUUACUACGAACACUUGCCGCUCAAUUGGUUCAUAAGAUAAUAUGGUUGGAAUUCCAUAACCUCACAAUGAUUUUCCUGCAAGCAGUGAUGUAA